AAAACGGCAAGCAACAACCGCCAACAAAAGAUAAAAUCGCCAUCUUUGUUUAGAAUUGAAACGUGAGUCGGCGUCCCUUGUGAAGAAGAUUCAACAAUUUGACUGCAUUUUUUCAAAAAUGAACCCGAACGAGAAUCACGAAGUUAAUUAUCUGAGCCAAUGGCUUUCGACUUUAUUGAGGCAAAUUACAGCGAUCGGAAGCCAUGAGCAGCGGAGAAUAAUAGUCGCAAAGCUUGCAGAAAUUAAAAAUUUCGGAUCUCUCCAAGUACUGUCGACAGACAACCCACUAAGGCCUUUAGUGAUUUCUAAUCUUGUAUCUGAACUUAAAAAUCUCGCUGCGAAAGAAAAAGCGACUGACCUAUUCACAUUAAAACAAUCGACUGAUUUCUGUGCACUGAAUCCCAAGAAUUAUCCUAUGUGCACGAGACUUCUAGAAAUCUUCAAACAGCAAAUAAGAAAGUUGGUGGAAUUCCUAUUUGAUACAAAACUGGAGGGCAUGGUCUCUAUGACCGCCUCCAAAUUCUCAUAUAGAGAUUUUUUACUGACUCACGAUGACCAAGUGGAAGAUAGAGGUGUGGCUUUCAUCUUGUACCUUGAAGAUUGGCACAAACGAAAUGGUGGUACUCUCGAUUUCCGCUCGCAUGACGAAAGUGGGAACGCUGAUGCUGUUUCAUUUUCUAUCAUUCCCGCCAAGAAUCGACUUACCCUUUUUGCUGUCAACGAAUUAUCCCAUCAUCAGGUCAACGAAGUACUGGGCAAAGAUUUACCACGCCUUGCCAUCAGUGGAUGGUUCCACACUGGUAGAGAACACACAGUAGUCCCAAGCAGAUGUCCUGCCAGAAUGCCUGCUCUCAACCCAGUUCUCGUCAAUCAGCCACUCUGUCCUCUCAUGUUUCAGUCAGAUUACAAAUACCUUGCACGAGAUGUGCAAUUCUAUCUUGUACAUGCCGAAGAAAUACAUAAAAGAAUAAUGGAGCAUCGAUGCAUGCUCCUGUAUCCGUUCUUGUCUGCAGAGUGGUAUGAAAUGAUUGCGUUAGAACUUCAGUCCGAUGAGAUUGAAUGGAAACCGGUGGGGUCAGCUUCCAGAAGACAUUAUGAAACCGCGCAAAUGACGCGGAGAAAGAUUGCCGGUUGUCCCAAUACAAGCAAGCUAUUGGCAGAUUUGCAAGGAACCAGUUUCCUUAAGCUUCUAUCUACCUUCGUUAUGAGAAAGCUGGACAAUGCAGUUAAAGAGGACGUAACUGUAUCGACUGAAGUGAUGAGAAUCUCAGGAGGGGACUACAUCCUAGUCACAGAUGACAAAAUGCCCAGCAAAACCAGCGUCGAUGUUUGGCUUUUCUUCGCAACUGAACAUCUCGAAGAUACACAAGGUGGAGAUAUAGGUUACUCCAAACCCUCAGAAAAUAGGGGUGUGAUGUUAUGUACGAGGCCAAAACCGAAAAGCGCUUUCAUAGUUCCUCGUGACUGUAAAAUGCGUCCAUGUAUGGAGUAUGUGACAAAAACCGUCAACAAAUCGCACUAUGUCAUUAAAAUCUCUUUCGCCGUCAACUUCAAAGAUGAAGAUUUUCUCGAAAAACUGACACAGCCACCUGGUGUUAUCUGCGGAGACAUAGAAAAGUUUCUUGCUGUUGAAGGUCUCAACGAAGCUAUCCACUACAUGGAAAUUGACAACAAUGCAGAGCAGCCGGCGGCCAUGGAAAACAAUGCAGAGCAGCCGGCGGCCAUGGAAACCUCUGAAGAAGCCGCCCAACAAGAGGGUGACAACGAAGAAGCCGCCCAACAAGAGGGUGACAACGACGAGGCCGCCCAACAAGAGGGUGACAACGAAGAGGAGGGUAUGGAACAAGCCAUUGACGAAGAUGAGGCUAACGGAAAUGAAGAUAUCGAACAGGAAAAUGACGGAGAGGAAGAAAAUGAUCCGAAAGAUGAUGACAACAAUGACGAUGAAGAGAAGGAAGAGCAAAACAGCGACAACAAUGACGAUGAAGAGAAGGAAGAGCAAAACAGCGAUGAUGAUGAAGAGAAGGAAGAGCAAAACAGCGACAACAAUGACGAUGAAGAGAAGGAAGAGCAAAACAGCGAUGAUGAUGAAGAGGAAGACAGCGAUGAUGAUGAUGACGACAGCGAAGACAAAGAAAAAGACGAGGGAGACAGCGAAGAUGAAGAUCUUCCGGAUCCAAAACGUAUCAGAACUGAGUAAUUUCUUUCCCUUCGGAUAAACAAGCUUGUCUUUGCAUAUAUAUAUGUAUAUAUAUAUGUCUAUUAAUCUAUGUUGCUUUUGUUGUUGAGCUAUUGUAGUAUAUGUGGAAUAGUAUCUAUAUUGUAGUAUCUUCUUGUAGGUCACUAUGAUCUUGAACUAUCAUUAUUUAGUCACUUGAUCUUAUUAAGCUGCUAAUUCUGUUGAAAUGCUUGCUAUAAAUUACCAAUAUUUCAUGGACGCGUUUCAAACAAUUUUCAUUUGUAACGCUUUGAGAUUUGGCUUUCGGAAACACUAAGAUGUAGGGGGGGGAUAUUGUGGAAUGAGUGAAGAGGAGGGAUACUGUGAGGUGAAGUAGCUUUUAGCAUUAAUGGUCAUAUUUAUUGAUAAGGGAAAGUUGUAAUGUUUAUGAAUUUACAAUAAUUAUUAGCAUUUAAAGAUAUGAAUGAAUAGUUAUUUUUUAAACAUUUUCAGCUAUUUCAAUUACUCCGCCUCUCAAUUACUACUGUAGUACUUGAGCAACGAUUAGUCCAUUCCUAUAAAUUUUAAUAUCUUAUUAUGAAUGUUAUGGGAUAGUUCAAUCUUUAUAAAUUUGAAGGUUUACAGACAAAUAUUUGAAACGCGUUCAUAUGCAAGUAGCAGCUGCAGCAAGCAUUUAUUUGUGUUCAUAUUUAACCAAAAAUUAAAUAAUUUAUCAGAUGAUAUUUAGUUUUAUUCAGUUUGUGCUCAUUUCAUUGUGACCAAGAAGUCUGAUUAUCGAGACUGAUUUACCAAGGUCUAGAAAUGGUAAUAGUUUAUGGUAGUCAUAUUUUAUAAGAACAAGGAUCUAUCAAUUUUGAGUUCCUUUCGUAGAUUAGGCUUUGAUAAAUUUUCUAUCUAAGAAUACUAUUAUUUUAUGGUACUGUGUCAUUACCUUUUCAUAUUGUGAUAUAUUAUCCUAAGGAUGUAUUAUGGUGGAGAAUGGAUCGAGAGUGAUCAGAACAUACUUGGGUUACUGGUGGUGCUUUAGCAUAGUUUUCUUGGUCGAAAACUGAAUGUUUAAUUGAAUGUUUUUCAAAAAAACUUGUUAACAUGUUACAAAUCAACUGAAAGUCUAUUUUGAAUCAACUUGUUAACAUGUUACAAAUCAAUUGAAUGUUUAUCUAAAAUCAACUUGUUAACAGUCAUGUUACAAAUUCAAUUGAAAGUUUAUCUUAAAUCAGCUUGUUAACAUGUUACAAACCAAUUGAAAGUUUAUCUAAAAUCAACUUGUAAACAUGUUGCAAAUCAAUUGAAAGUUCGUUUUUAAUCAAUUGGUUAACAUGCUACAAAUCAAUCGAAUGUUUAUUUUGAAUCAACUUGAUGCUGAAAAUCGAUUGAAUGUUUGUCUAGUUAACGUCUAGUCUUCUAGGACGUAGUUUUGUAGUUUCCUGUUAGAACCAUAGGUUGAUCCAUCGUAGUUUGAUGUAAGAGAAAUGUAUAUGCUCACUAAACGUUUUCAGUAUUCAUCAUGGAUGAUCUACCAGUUCGAUCAAUCUGUAUUUAGUAUUAUAUAAUUUCUAAGACGCUGUAAAAUAUUCCAUACCGGUUAAGUUUAAAGUAAGGUUGAUAUUUGUUACUUUAAAUUAGUAUUAUACAUCUUAUUCCUUUUAGGUGUUUGUAAAGGUUUUCUUAAUAAAAUUAACAGAAACUCAUAUCUUAAAAUAACUUAUUUGAGACUUUCCAUGAUUUAGUCAACAGAAACCUAUUUUAAACACACAACAUUGAAAACUUUACAUGCUACUGGUUGUUUGAAUCUACAUGUUUGUCAAGAUGUAAUAAAAUUUUUCUGUAAAAAA